AUGUUGAACAUUUCCAAAUUUUUAAUAUUUGCCAUUACGGUGGGCAUCUGUCUAAACAAUUGUCAAGCCUAUCGUUUGAUUGAUGACACCAAAUUAGCACCUGAGGGACGCACGAAAUUCGAUGAUGAUUUAAGAGAAUUUAUGGAAUUUGUUAAAUUGCAAAUGCAAUGUGGCUAUGCACCAGCUGGAAUACCACCCAUGGCACCAUAUCAGCAAGAGUUUGCCGAGUUCGAUAUGCAGGGUGGGGGAUGGAGUCUCAAAGGCAACAUGACAAAUUUAAAAAUAUCUGGCCUCAAUGAAUUCGACAUCAUCGAUCUGAAUUGGAAUAAUGUGUUGCAAAAAAUCAAAUUUGAUUUUAAAUUCCCCUCAAUUUUAUUCCAUAGUUCCGAGUAUAAACUAAAUGCUCGAACAAGUGCUUUGGGUCCAUCAAUGGGUUUCCAUGGCAAUGGCGUCUUCAGUUUGGAAUUAAUAAAUCUGCGUGCCAGUGGUAGUUUUAAAUUGCGCCCCAAUUUAUCUGGUGGAGUUAGUGUAAAAAGUUUUAACGUUAAACUUGAAUUGGAAUCAUCCAAGUCGAAGACUACCGGCAUCAUGGGUGGCAGUUUGAUUUAUAAUAAACUUUUCAAUUCAUGGGUUGAGGAAUUUAUCGCCUUGACAUUUGAAGAAGAUAAUUCGGAAGGUGUUAGUAAUUUUGUGGAGGGAUUGGUGGUACCUCCUUUAAAUGCUGCUUUGAAAAAUAUCUCAUUGGUGGAAUUGCUUGCAUUGAUUUCCGGGCUCGUUAAGGAUGUUGUACCAACGGAACCUUUUUGUUAA